CCUGGAGGUGCCGGCGGCGGUAGUGGUGGCGGCAGCAGGCCCCCCUGCUGCCCCUCCCCCCGCGCUGCCGCCCCCGGGGCCGCCCUGUUGGCUUGGGAGCGGAUCGCGCACCUAGACCUCUUCAACCAAGACUCGGCGCGCCCCUACCGGCUGCAGCUGCACUGCCUGCCUCGCUCCCUGAGGGCACUGGGGGUGCAGAAUGCGGUUCUGGAGGGAGCCAGCAAAGCAACACACCUGCAGUCGGUGAUGGAGGGCUUGUCGCUGUACGCCAGCGUGCACUGGCCCACGAGGAGCAACGGGGGGAUGACACUGUACGACUGGGUCGCAGGCUGCAAGAGGCUGGGCAGCCUCGCAAUCGAGUACGACAUGCGGACAUUUGCUGAGCUCAUGAAGAGCGAUGACAGCAACAGCAACACCAAUAACAACAGCUGUAAAAGCGGGCAGAAUCAGGAGGAGCAGCAGCAAGGGAAGCGGCAAAGAGAGCAGCAAGGGAGGCAGCGGGGGGAGGACGUAGGUGACAAGGAGGAUGACAAGGAGGAGGCCAAGCAGCCUUCUUUCCCCUCCAUGCCUCCGCUGCUGCCGCCCUCUCCCACCUCGCCCCCCUCGCCCCCGGCCCACACCCCCCUCUGGAGGCUGAGGGAGCUACCCAGGCUGAGCGCCCUGGGGGUAUUCUUUGCGGAUAGCCACCAGGAUCAGCUUGCGGGCGUGUUGGAUCAGCGGUUGGUGAACGACGUGGCAGAGCUGAGCCUCCUAGAGGAGUUGGAGAUCUGGAAUGUGUACGGCAGUGACUGGCGCUGGCCGCUAACCGACUUCAGCCCCCUCACGCGACUGAAGCGCCUGAGGUCUCUCAAGAUGGAGGCUCUUCCGCCGUACAUGGCCUUCCGCAUUCGCAGCAUCAUGCAGGCCGGCGUGCCGUACUGCAAGCUGCGCCUGGUGGCGGACAACGAGAUGCACCCGCUGCCGCCCCAACUCAACCUGGCACUAGGGCACUGAGGAAGAAAAAAGAAAUUCCAAAGUGGGAAUGGAGGGGGGGUGCUAGGUGCACGCGGAGGGCGGGAGGCGGGAGCGGCUGGGUGCCGGAGUGGGUUAUGCGGGUGUGCCGGCUUGUGCGGUCCCGGGCCAUGUGGCUCCCCGCCCUGUGAUGCGGGGUGCAGGCCGUCCACACCUCGAAAACAGCUCUGUAUAUCGGAGUGCAUUUUUGAUGGUUGCUUACUUUGUGUGUUUGAAGCGCCUGCUGUGCUUGCCCGUGGAUGCCAAGAGGUAUGAGGCGGAAGAGCAGCACACACGCAUUUGCAUGGAUAAUUGGAUACGGGCACCGAACUCCUGAGCUUGCGUACAUGUGGAGGUUGCAGUACAGCAAGGCAGGUUGUCGCAUGGUUUAUGCGAUGGUCCUUAUAAAAUGUAUAAAAGUCGUAGGGGUAGGCGACAAUGUACGGACAUCCGGUAUGAGGCGCAUAUAAACAGACAAGGGCAGCGGGAGGGCAGACCAAAAGCUGCAGUGAACAGUUGGUGCUGAUGCCUCGUAGCUCAUAGCCGGUAGCUGGCGGGGGUCCUGUGGGUUUGUGGGAUCAGGGGUUAAGUAGAUCGUAGGUUGAAGGUUUGCCGUUGGGCUAUGCUUCGCCACAAACACAAACCACCAAGGGCAACAGAGAGGGAGAUGUGACAAGCAGCGCAACCGCUCUUGCGUGUUACGUUCCAGUGAAUCGAGCCUUGCACUGCGCGCUCAUCGCUCACCCCUCAUUGGCUUCCCCUCACGUACGUUACCC